AAGAAACUGACCGAUGCUUCCAAGAACUAGGUGAGUGCGAUUCGUCGGUAUACUCCAAAAGUAACUUAGUCGCGUUGAGAAGUACAGACUGUGACUCUUACUGUCAGUGUGUCCACAAUGGAACAAAUGCAGAUGGGCUCUGUGAGUUAUAAGUGGUUGAAGAGGCCGUGUCCACCAGGAACGAAAUUUGAUCAAAACAUAAAUACUUGUAAUCAUGCGUCCUUGGUAACAUGUCUUGGAAUUAGGUGUUACCAGUGCAAGAACGAAAACAGUCAUGAAGCCUGCAAUGCUGGUGCCCUCGAAAUUUGCGAUCACAAUAAGCAGUCGUGUCAGACAGUCAUUGAAUAUAAGAAUAACAAAAUCAAGAUUUUGUUUAAAGGUUGCAAGAAUCCUACAGCUAAUGCCGCCAAUGAAAAAUUAGGUUGUAAAACAACAGGAUCGAAAACAUUUUGCAGAGAAAAAUGUGUAACAGACAGUUGUAAUUAUGAUCAUAACUUAUAAUUACCUAGUAUUUAAUUGAUUGUUUUCUUGAAACUUUCUACGGGAUAACGACAGACAUUACACACCAAAAAAAUAUUUUAUUUAAUCUGACAAUAAGCUUGUUUCACAUAGAGAAAUAAAGUUAGUUGACAAUUGUG